GGCACAGCCCCCAGGACACGGGCAGGGCCUACUGGGAAAGGGUGGCCGCUCCCCCCACCCGACCUCACCCAUGGGACCCGGCGGCUCGGAUGGGUGGCCUUUGGGGGGCAGGACACCCCGGUGGCCACGGCAGAGCCCAGCUGAGUCUACUGACUCGGGGGCCUCUCCCCAGCCCCUGCCGCCCCGACGCCCCCCGGCCCCAGGCGCCUGCGAGCCCACGAGGACCCUGUGUUCCAGCCACGCAGCCCCAGCCAGAUGUGGGGGGCGGCCGCCCAGAGGCAUGACCCCCACCCGGCCUCGCCGAGGCCCCCCCGCCCUCCUGCUGCUGCUGCUGCUGCUGCUGGCCUGCCAGCCGCAGGCCCCGUCCGCGCAGGUGAUGGACUCCCUGCUGGAGAGGUGGAAGCUGUACGGGGAGCAGUGUCUGCACAACCUGAGCCUGCUGCCGCCCCCCACGGAGCUGGUCUGUAACCGGACCUUCGACAAGUACUCCUGCUGGCCCGACACGCCCCCCAACACCACGGCCAGCAUCCCCUGCCCCUGGUACCUGCCCUGGCACCGCAAAGUCCAGCACGGCUUCGUCUACAAGACGUGCGGGCCCGACGGGCAGUGGGUGCGCGGGCCCCGGGGGCAGCCGUGGAGGAACGCCUCGCAGUGCCAGAUGGACGAGGAAGAGGUUAAGGUCCAGAGGGAGGAGGCCAAGCUGUACGGAGCCUCCCAGGCGAUGUACACCGUGGGCUACUGCCUCUCGCUGGGCGCGCUGCUGCUGGCCCUGGCCAUCCUGCUGGGCCUCAGGAGGCUGCACUGCACUCGCAACUACAUCCACGCGAACCUGUUCCUGUCCUUCGUGCUCAGGGCCAGCUCCGUGCUGGCCGUGGACGCGCUGCUCAGGACCCGCUACAGCCAGAACAUCGGCGACGACCUCAGCGUGAGCAGCUGGCUGAGCGGCGGGUACGGAGUGGUUGCCAACUACUGCUGGCUGCUGGCGGAGGGCGUGUACCUGCACAGCCUGCUGGGCCUGGCCGCCGGCCCCGAGAGGAGCUUCUUCUCGCUCUACCUGGGCAUCGGCUGGGGCGCCCCCAUGCUGUUCGUGGUGCCCUGGGCCGUGGUCAAGUCUGUGUUCGAGAACGUCCAGUGCUGGACCAGCAACAACAACAUGGCCUUCUGGUGGAUCCUGCGCCUCCCCGUCUUCCUGGCCAUCUUGAUCAACUUCUUCAUCUUCAUCCGCAUCCUGCACAUCCUCCUGGCCAAGCUGCGCGCCCGCCAGAUGCGCCACUCGGACUACAAGUUCCGGCUGGCCAAGUCCACGCUGACCCUCAUCCCCCUGCUGGGUGUCCAUGAGGUGGUGUUCGCCUUCGUGACGGAUGAGCAGGCCCAGGGCGCCCUGCGCUUCGCCAAGCUCUUCUUCGACCUCUUCCUCAGCUCCUUCCAGGGCCUGCUGGUGGCCGUCCUCUACUGCUUCCUCAACAAGGAGGUGCAGGCGGAGCUGCUGCGGAGCUGGCGCCGCUGGCGCGUGGGCGAGGCUCUCCGAGGGGAGACCCAGGGCGGCGGCCACCCGGCCUCGGCGAGGCCCACCAGCGGAGCCGCCACCGAGAAGCUGCUGCUCUCCCGGGGCCGGGCCGGCAGCGGGACCAGCCAGGGCCCCUCCGUGGGGCCCCUCACAGCCGGCAGCCUCCCCGGGCCGGCCGACAGCCCCUUCUGAGGCCCUCGGAGCCCCAGCCGGGGCUGGACUCAGGAGCCAGAAGGGCAGCAACGAACAGUUCGGACCUCAGCCCACUCUCCUGGAGAGGCUGGGGGAGCUGGUGGGGG